AUGCUCACCGUCCCACAAACGGCGAUGCUAUCCAUUGACUCUAUCCCGUCUUCAUUCGUGGAUCUCUUCCCCGAGGGAUCAACCAUCCACGGCAUUCUAGCCGCAUAUCUCACGCACGGGGACGUCAAAACCCUGAAAGAGAUAGACGCCUGGCGCAACGUCUGGCCAAACUGGCAGGAGCUCGAAGAUAGCACGCCUAUACUAUGGCCAGCUCAUCUCCGACGGUCUAAUUCGGCCUUUGAAGAUGAUGGGGGCAAUUCCUCGACACCAAGUCUUCUGCCCCCUUCUGUAUCUGGGCUAUGGAAUUCUUUCGAAAACGUGCCCGUAGGCGUCGACUACGACACCAGGUAUCAGAACAUGCUCGCGCAAGAGGAAAAGCGACUCAGACACGCCUGGGAACAGGUUCUCUCCGUGUUCCCUAAAACGGAGUGGAAGACAUUCGCAUAUUACUGGCUCAUCAUCAACUCAAGAAGCUUCUACUAUAUCUCCCCCGGCAAGGACGAACCGGAGGAUUGGAACGACGCCAUCGCCAUGGUUCCUUAUGCUGAUUAUUUCAAUCACGAGGAUAACGCGGCAUGUGAAGUCAGAUUCGACCAUAUCGACUACACAUUCCGAGCAACCAAACGAUACGAAGAAUAUUCCCAAAUGAAACUAACCAUCCCCACAGAAAAAGGCUCAGAAAUCUACAUGAGCUACGGCGCCCACUCGAACGACUUUCUCUUCGUCGAAUACGGCUUCUUCCUCGACAACAACGAAUCCGACUCAAUAUACCUGGACGACAUAAUCUUCCAAGACCUAACAAUAACGGACAAAAAAGAAUUAGUCCAUCAAGACUGUUUCGGCAACUUCGAAGUCACAGAAACUGGAGUAACCGCCAGUAUCGAAACAGCAGCCUGUCUCAAAUACAUGUCAAAGCGGGACUUCCGGAUCUAUAUCGAGGGCCGGUCGAAACGGGCCUUCGAUGCGGAGAAAUCGGCAGAGGUGAUUCGGGGCUGGAUUCGGGUUUAUCUUGAGGAGUGUGAGAAAACGAUGGAGAUUAUUGGGUCUAUGUUGGAGAAGUUGGGUGGGUCUCGGAGACGUAGUAGUGAUGGGAAGAAGUGGGAGAAGGGGAGAUUGGAGAUGUUGCUUAGUAGGUGGGGACAGAUUAAGCAGAUUUGUGAAAAGGCUAUAAGUGCUGUUAGUCAGAGUGGAUAG